AUGCUGGCAGACCCUGUGAGGCUGGGGAGCGCUGAGGAUUACUGCAGCUGGAGGGGAAGUGGUCUCACUUGGGAUUCUAAUUCUCGAGCUGUGGAACAGGUUCAUCUCCGUUGCACAGAAGGUUUCUUGGAAUGGAUGUACCCAACUCGAGCUUUGCGUGUGAUCCUUGAGCCUAACCUGACCAAUGGGAAGCAUACCACUAUCUGCUUAAAGCCUUGUCCCAAUUUUAAAGGGGCUAACAUCUAUGUGGAGAAGGGAAGAGUGCUGCAACUGCUGGUGAGCGAGGCCAGCGAUAUGCAGCAGGUGCAUUGCUUUGCUAUGGAUAAUAUGCAGCGGGUAGCCCUCUUCAUACAGGCCUGCCCUCAGGAGGACAUCAGAAGGAGGACUGCAGGCUUCCAGUACGAGCUCUUCAACAACCAAAACUCAGGACCAGACCUCCAGAAAUUUGCACUUAUGGAUGCCAUCUGUCGCCCGUGUGAUAACGCAGAACUGCUCAUGGCUGUUUGCAGGAGUGAUUUUGUUGUGAGAGGCACAAUCAAGAACAUCAGUCAUGAUCAAGAGGCUCACACAUCUCAUGUGGACAUCAGGGCCUUGAACGUUUAUAGACAGACAAACAGCAUAUUUCAGCUGGAUGAGGCCACAGGGGAAUGGACUGGACGUAUCACAACCUUAUUAAAGUGUAGAGUCCAGAAAGGGGAAGGUGAUUUCUUAUUUACUGGCAAUGAGCAUUUUGGAGACGCGUGGCUGGGAUGUGCCCCAAGAUUUAAAGAUUUCCUUAACAUCUAUCAAGAGGCCAAACAUCAAAGGACUAACCCAUGUGAAUUCCAGUUUGGAUUCAGCCUAAAUAUUCCUGCAAUAGUAUGAAUCUAAACAAAAACUUAAUCAUCUCCAAUGAUGAUACAGACCUUGAGUUUUAGAAACACAAAUGUAUUUUAUUUUUGUAAUUGUAUGCCUGAACUUUCAAUGAAAGAUAUGUUAUAUUGACUUCUCCAGAUCUAUGUUUCUGCCAAUUAUCUGGCAAGUGAAAGUUAUUAUUGUAAAAACAAUAAAUAUAUAAACAAUAUGUAA